UAUGUGAACAAUUUGCAGCACAAACAAACACCAAAAAAAUGGAGUCUCCAAAUGCUCUUUCGUUCAUUCUAAAACUCAUGCUCGUGUUCUAUUUACUCAAUAUCGCAGCCAACAAUGUAAACUACGGCAGCGCUGCGAAUACGAAACCUAAAAUUAACCUGAUUUCGGCAAUAUGCCCAAAAACAAGUAAUCCCAAGAAAUGCCUCUUCCUACUAAAUGUGAAUAGUUCGACUCGUGGCGCACCUACCCUUCGUGAUCUAGGAGUAGUCACUUUGGGCAUAUCAAUAAAUAAAGCCAACACUUCAAUACGCUCAAUCAACAAUUCGCUCCGAUUUGUGGACAAGCCUCCUACGAAACAGAUAUACGAGGCUUGUAUUGAUAAAUUUAAGUCGUCCAUCGACAUGCUAAGUGAGGCGAAACAAAUGGUGACGGCCAAUAAUUUUGCGCCGGCAAGGAAAGUUUUGGAGCAAGUAGUACACGUGCCUAGUACUUGUCAGAAGGAACUCGCGAAAGCUGGACCUCCAACUGUUGUUAGACUAGCGAAUGCAAUAUCCGAUUGGUUUUUCGACAUUGCUUUCGUUAUUGUGAAAGAGUUGGAGGCCGGUAAAAAUUGA